UGGUCUAAGCUUAGUUAGAAUCCUUCAUGCUCCUCAACUUCACUUCGUAUAUAUUAUCCAAGACCCGUCUGGAUGAGCAACCCUCCCUCUAUCUAUAUAUAUAUAUAUAUGUGUGUGUGUGUGUGUGCUUGUGUUUGUGUCUAUAUAUAUAUACCAGCCGUGCCCUCUGCUACCCUUCAUGAAUUAUAGUUCUUGCCGGUUAUCUGCUGCCACGAACAGGAUGAACUAAAUAACAUGCAAGAUAAAUGUUCGAUUAGGGUUUUAGGCAUAGGGCCAAAAACCUCAGGAUUUAUCGAUUCCUUGUGCUGUGCGUCCUUAUUUGACUUGUGAAAAAUCUGCUAAACUUUGUAGCUGGACCUGUUGCUCGUUCGGGUGGAGUAAGGAAUAGCUGAGUAAACUGGGACCAUGGUGCGUGUGCGUGUGCGAACGCUGCAGAGGGUGACGGUUCCGCCAAGUCUUUUCCCCAACGCGUCGCCAGCAGCGACGCAUUCUCAUCGUGUGGCUGCUCAUUUUGCAGAUAAUGGCACGGAUUGUAACGUCUACCUCGCUUCGGGUCUGGAUGUGUAUUGUAUCAAAAUGGAGUUGAAGGAGACUGGUGCCGAUGCUGGCAAAGAUGGGCUACUGAUACCUGUGGAUUCUGAGGUAGUGCGUGCAUGGCAAGUGGAACAGUGCCCACAUCGAGCAGAGAUACAGGGCAUUGCGCUCAUUCCCUCCUCCAGUGAUGAUGGUUUCUUUUUGGGGUCAGUUGACGCAUAUGGUCGCUUCAUCGUGACCUCCUUGAACUCUGAUAUCCCAGGAUCCUCAUACACAGCAGGUCCGCGGGACGCAGGAGUCGGUGAAGGCUGGUGGGCUGGUAUCGUGUUUAACCGUAACGUGCCUUCUCUGCAGGCAGCAGUUGGACGUGGCUUCGCCAAAGCGGUAGAUGUGUAUGACAAAGACAUGCAUGUCCGCACAUUACGCACAUUGCAGCAUCCCACUUGCUUGACGUUUCUACAAGGGCCUUUAUUUGAUAGUGGCACGAUUCUAGCAGUUACUGAAGGGCCCCAGUUGAGUAUUUGGGACCUGAGGCAAGCUGAGCGAGGUGGCUGCGUGCAACGAAUGUUGGGCGCAUUUACUGGAGACAGUUUAAACGCUAUUGCUUGCUCAUCAGAGGGUCUGGUAGCCGUUGGGGGUGCGGAGCGUGUUGUCAUGGUUAUGGAUCCUUUGAAGUGGACUCCAAGGUCGCGAUGGACUGGUUGCCUGAAAUAUGAGGUCACAGGGUUAUCAUUUUCUGCAGUGGAUCCCGGGCUUAUUUAUGUACAUGGAUUAGACUACGAGGUUGUUUGUGCACCUUGGAAUAGAGAAAAGACUGGUGGGAGCAAUACUCCAGCAUUUUCCUUUCGAGGGGACUCUAGGUGGCUUGGUUUUGACAAAUGCUGUGAUUCAGAUCUCUUUGCAGGUUGGAGUGAAGCUGGCACAAUUUACGCUGGUCAUGUGGAUGGCAACGCAGAUCUUUAGGCCUCCUCAAGUAGAGAGGAAAACAUAAAUGCAACUGAUGGUGCAGAAAUUUAUCUCCUGUUUGCGAUGAAGCCAAUAGCGCAGUGACUUUGGUCCUCACAUUGUGAUCAUGAUAAACUAUACAUAAACUUCAACGAUGCCCACAGUAGAAUCAGUCGUGCACCUCGGACAAUUUUCUAAGGAGUAGAGGUGCUCACUUCCAAAAGAAAACCUUUUGAAGCGUUUGCAAUUGAGUCCACCUAUGCUGAGUAAUCCAAACAGUGUGACAGCAAGAGUAUUGGUUGCUAUCAGAGAAAUUUUUAGCAUUAUUCAUUUCUUUCA